AUGAGCGUCAGCCGCAGUCGCAGCCGAAGCCGCGACCGCACAGACUGGGACAGCAGCAGCAGCGGCAGCAGCAGCAGCGACUGCAGCUCCAGUGCUGCAAACCGCGAGGCAGGUGCUCAUGCUGCUGCAGAACUGCAUGCUGAGCAUGUCAGACAACAGGCAGAUGAUGCAACAGACACGUCCGAAGACCUUGCAGAAUGUGAAGAGGGCUCACACGAGAUUCGUCCACGGAUGCUUCUUUGUGACCGCUUUCAUGUGCGAGGAAAGUUGGGAACAGGCGCUUUUGCCUCAGUCUGGCUUUGUCACGACAGGCACAGCCUAGUGGCACUCAAAGUGUACAAAGCGGUGGAAAGAUACCAAAGAUAUGCACAAGAAGAGGUGGAGAUGCUCCAAACUGUAGCGAACGCAGGAAACCGACCGCAGGAGCUGCCAGAGCUUUUUGGGCCACAUGGCCACAUGGCAUUUCUUUGCACAGCUGAAGAUGCUCUUUGUACACAGCGGCUUGAAGUGUCAACAUGCUUGCGUUGCAAUGGAAGUGAUGGGUCCCUCCGCUUGGUCUGUCGCAGAGCGCUGCCGUGGCAACCGACUUCCUUGGCCUAUUCUUGUCGCAGCCUUCAGGGAUACUUUGACUGGGUUGGACUACUUACACAGGACAUGCUCCGUGAUCCACACAGACCCGCGGCUGAUUUGCUUAUCAAGCGCAUGUUAUCGCUUUAG